CCGCUUCCGUCACAAGACCCGCUGAAAUUCAAAGUUGAAGGAGGAGCUCAAACCUUGCGACAACAAGAAAGUUGAAACUUGUCUUCGCACAACUGACCUGCGUAAGAAGUUGAGAUUUACAGACAUCCUCUCAGAAUGGAAGCUGAUGAAGAAAAUUGUGUUUCUGCCAAUUUAAAGAGGCAGAGAGAACCUCUCUCUGAUACAGAAGAGAAUACAAAGUUUACUGCAGAGAAUAAUGAUGGACAGAAGCGGCCACGUCUAGAAUUAGCUGGUCGGGAGAACCAAAGUCCUAAAUCAUCUUCAUCUAGACGUCUGGCUGAACUCCAGACAAAGCCAGAUACGCCUAUAGUCCCUUCAGUCCGAUCACGGGUUCAGCUGUUCACACAGAGAAAAGAAGGAGGAGCUGCUGGAGCCUUGCGGUGCCUUUCAGAUCCUGGAUCUCAAGGAUCCUCGUUCAUCCACCAUGACAAGAGUGUCAAACAGCAUCUUCUUGCUGAUGGGGAAUUUACCCAAAGAAUGGAACGCUUUAAGGCACCAGCUCUGCAGGCCAGCCCCACCAACAGCGAGAGCCCAGCCAGCUCCUGUCAGAGAUCCUGCUCCAAUUUUGUGUCUGACAUUCAGCAGAAGCUCCAGAGCACAACAACGCCCAGCACCAAGCAGGCUUCUCGCAUCCGCCAGGAACGAGAGCUGGAAUUGAACCAACUGCCCUUCAAUCCAAUUAGUGAAAAUGCCUGGCUCAAAAGAAGCAGCUCUGAUUCCUCAUUGACUCAGCAGGCAGCAAGGACCCCCCCUGGCUCCUCCUUGGUGGCUCCUACAUCUAAAAGGAGAGUUGUUUGGCCCCCCACACAGUCCUGGGAUCAGGUUCAUGGGGAUGCUGACAUGAAAGACGGCAGCUUUGUUGAAGCGUCUACAUCUGAUGGAGACAAACCUUUGACUGUGACGGCAGGUAAGAAGACCCCGUAUCGCCCUGACAUACCCGCUGCCUCUGCAGCAUUUGGGCUUUUUGGGGAAACUCGGGCACCAAACGCUCGUCGUGGUGAGAAGAUCAGCGUGGAGGAAGACCGCACGACGUCUGCGGGGAAAGAACAGCUGGUCUCUGAAGAACCGAGUCAAACCGUCCUGAAGCUGUCCUUCAGUGACGAUCAGAACUUGUCUGAGUUCACCUCUUUAGAUGAAUUUGAUGACAAGGAGGAAAAUGUUUCCAAAUUAACUGAAGACGAAAACUCCCAGGUGUUUGUUUCCGAUAAAGACGAAACCAUGGAGGAUUCUUCAUUUGGGGAUGAGCAGAUCGAACCCUCCACAGAUGAAGAGUUAAAGAUCUGGCACUAUCCGCAAGACAGUUUAUUGGCAGAAGAUGAAGCAAAUUUAGUUGAAGAAGACAACACGUCGACUAAAACGUCUGAAGAGCUCAAGGCUUCCAAAGUGGGAAAAGAAGAAAUCCAUUCAGCCGAUCUGGAUGAACCUGCUGACAUCCAGAAUGAAGAACGAUGUCCUCCUGCUGAUGUUUCUGCAAAGAUUUCUGAGCUCAAAUCGAAGCAAGAACUCUGUGACUCUUUGAAAGAGGAAUCUCUUUUAGUUGGUGAUCGUUUUAAAGUGGAGCGUGAUGAAGAAAGCUGCUCAGGAGCUAGAGAUGAUUUUACAACUGAACAAGAGUCGGAAGGAAGCAUUCCUCAUGGAUCUGAGCAGCUAGAGCGGAACAGGAAGACAGUCGGAGUCAGAGAUGGAACUCAAACAUCAGGAGAAUCUCCACCACAGAAAACAGAAGUUGCAGGUGGAGCUCAACCGGAGGAUCGGACUGAAUCACCAAAAUAUGACAGAGUUCAAACUUUCAUUCAAACUACAGAAGCGUCACACCCCCAAGAUUUUGAGGAAGGUGCAGAAAACUCUGUCUGUGGAGAGCAGGUGGUUAAAGAAGAGACUAUAGAAAGUCUGGAGGCGGAGGGAAAAGGAACCUCAAAGAAAGUCACCUUUGUGUUGGAGCCGGAGCUGAUCCACAGCUCGGAUCUGUCUGAGAGUGACACCUCAAUGCGGUCCAGAGCCGAUUCAAGCCUGUCAGAUUUUGGCCUGAGCUCCCACGAUGAGACCAACACUGCUGAAAUGAUCGACCAAAUGUUUGAGGAGGUGCUGGAAUAUGCUGGGAAGGUGGAGAAGGAGAGGCGCGAAGAUGCAGAAGACUGCGACAGUGGGAUUGUUCCGUGCUCAGACAGUCAAGUCAAGACGGAGGAGAAAAACAACGAAGUAGUUCAGACAACAGAAGAGAACGAUCCAAAUGAAGACGAGCUUCUGAGUUUCCCUCCAGCUGGAAUUCUGUCUCCCCUCAGCAAAUCUGUGGAGGCCGUCGUCACGCCGCUGCGACUGGCUGCAGAAUCCAAUCCUUCAUCGUUGCUCCUGAUCCCUGAUGAGACCAGCACUCCUCCUGCUGAAUCUGCUCCUCUGUACAGUAUUGAUGCGUACCGCACACAAAGACAGAAUAAGCUUCCCGCCAUCCAGAGCGUGACGCCGGCGCUUCAGAGACGAGCUGCAGAGACGCCCAAACCUCAACCAUCUACCAACACCAAGGAAGAGAUUGCAGCUCUUAAUGAGGAGGCAGGUAAACUGCAGACUGUGAUCAAUCAAACCCUGCAAGCUCUGAGCUGCUGCAUCGACGAGGAUCACGGGCGAGGCUCGCUGGAGGAGGCUGAAGCUGAGAAGCUGCUGCUAGUUUCCAGCGAGAAGCGUUCUGCUUUGCUGGCAGAAGUGGCUCGACUGAGGCAGGAAAGAAGUUCAGUGUCUGAGGAGGCAGCAAAGGAAGACACGGACUACAUUUCCCAGCAGGCCUGCAGAGGAACUGUCCACAUCACAAACAUCCAGCUGCCCCUGAAGGUGGAAUUUGUCUGCUCCUCACAGAGCCGUGCAGGUCGGCCAAGUCAUUAUUUCUUUGUCCUGAUCCACUAUGGGCCCUACAACAUCGUCGCCACGCCUCUGGCCACCGCUGCCGACGCUCGCAACGGAGACACCAUCUCCUUCCCCACGUCUGUCACACUGAAAGACAUCCGCUCGUCUUUUGAGAUUGACGUUGAGGUCUACAGCCUGUCCCACACAUCUGGUACCAACUCUAUUUCCACAACGGAUCGGACCAACACAAAGACAAGAGUCACACCAAGGAAACUCUUAAAUACCAUCACUAGAUCCACUAACACUGCAUCAGGUGCCGCUCCCAUUAAUCUCAGCACCCGUCGCUCCAGCAGCUUUUGUCUGGUGGGUUCCCAUAAAAUCACCCUGGCCUCUCUUGGACAAAGCAAAUUCCCCCUUGAUAAGAUGAAAUUUGAAGGCAAAGUCAGGAAACUGCUGGGAGAUGAAUUUCAGGAAAAGGUGCCCUUCCUGUCUCCUCUAGAGGGCAGUAUCUACAUGCAGCUGAGGAGUGAGGGUCACUCCAAUAUUUACCACCACGGCUUCCUGACAAUGUUUGAGUUGAUCAGUGGAUUUGGACUGUGGCAUCGCCGGUUUUUCGUGCUGGACGGAUGUAACCUGUCCUACUGGAACAGCCCAAACGACAGAGAGAACAAGGAAGCGGAAGGCGUCAUUCCUCUGUCAGGGUCUCCCAGUCGGUGUGUCAGACCUGUCAAGAGGGACUCGUGUGCUCGACCUUUCACCUUUGAGCUGGUGAGCAAUGUGUCAAAGCAACAAGAGAGCAACCAGGACGGACUGUCCAAGUGCUGGUUCUCUGCCGACACCAAAGAGGACCGACUGGACUGGAUGGAGAAGCUGAACCAAGCCCUGUUGGACUUUAACACUUGGAACCCAGCCCAGUCAGAGAGUCAGCAGUCGAGCUCAUGCAGCAGUGGAAACUUGAGGGAAAGUAUGCUGUGAUGCGUCAUGGUUUGAUGCCGUCAGACGUCGCUGCAGCAGCAGCUCAGGCUGUUCCAACCAACUCAGCUCAUGUUGAAUCGGUAGUGAAAUAUUGGGGGGUUUUUUUGUUUGUUUUUUUAACUUAAAUCCUAUCAUUACAACAUUUUUCUUUUCUUUUAAAAACUUUUUCUGUUGAAAAAAGUUGUAAACUUUUUUUUCUUUUAUAUACUUUUCUUGAAUCAUUAGCUGCUUAAGCCUUCAUUGGCAUUUUGGUCACUUUCGGUUGGAAGGGUGAAUGAAGCGUUUUGGGCUCACGAUUUGCUCAAAUUUACAUCUCUAUCCUUUUAUCUUUGUAUAUUUCUUAGAGGUGGAAGGAAAAAGCAUAAUAUACAUACAGGAUCUGCUAAACCCGCUUCGACCAGAACUAGGUAAAACUGGUAAAAUACUACAAAAUGUUAAAAUGCUGGUUUCCUAACCACCAAAUGGGAGGUUUUAUUACUUUGUUUUUGAAGGUGGUGACAGAUGGAGUAUUUUUUUUUUAAUUCAACAACUUUAUGAUUUAAAUUGAUGUUUGUUUUGUUUGUUUACAUCUGUAUGUUUCUCUCUGGAGCAGAUUUUGACGCCGCAUAGCUCGUUUACAAACAGAAGUGCAUUAUCUUUAAUGUAUUGAAGGAGAGGCUUUCUCAAAUUAAUAUAAAGUUUAUUUCAAAAUCUAUAUUUUCAUUAGUGUUGUGCUUGUGAAGGGAUGCCAAUUAAAUCCAACAGCUGUGCAGCUUCAGCUUUCACAUCUGUGCAGGUUACAGAAACCAAUGUAAAUGUGGAUGAAGCUCACUGUCGUGGUUUGAAGGGAUGUGAUCUGUGCUGCCUGUUUAUUUUUUAAACCUUUUUCCUGUUGCUGUUGCAGGCUCUCGUUCUAUGCACGUCGUGGAAUUUAUCAAUAAAACGAAUGGAAUGAAUGUAAAGGCUGAUGGGAUCUAUGGGUUUAAACGUAUCCAGGAUUCCGUUUUUCCCUUUAAUUGGAAAAGGAUUGUAUAAAUCUAGUGCGCAAAUAAAACGUUGCAUUGGGA